AGGCACUGCACACCGGCACCCCUGCCCACGCUGGGUGAGGGUGCGGGAUCCUGCGCUCGGCUCUCCCCCGACACCAUCGUGUACCAAAGCAGCUACUUAGAGUAAACAGAUUCAUCAUACGACAGAGCGCAGGAAGGUGAGACAGAAGCAGAAACAGAAACUAACACUGAAAGGAAGAAAGCAAAAAAAAGACAGCGACUACGAAUUACUUCCAGAGAAAGUGGGUGGAUGUUGUGCAGCAGCGACCUGGGAUUUUAGGGGAUGCACCCUUAUAUUUUGCUUCUCUCUAGUCUGAGCCUCUCUUCUCCGGUGGCAGAAAGCAGCUGUACUUGGUACAAGAGGAGGAAUAAGCAGGAGGGGUUCGCUCAGCAGUGCUUGCGGUGCCCUACUGAUCUGCUUUAAGGAUUUUUUUUUUUUUUUCUUUUCCUGGUGGAUGUUUUCUUGACCUUGAUUUUGAGACCUCUUACUUGCAUCGCAGUUUUUGUGGCUUUAUUUCCUUUGGCGAAAAGUGGAAAGGGGGAGGCUGGCUUGGGUGCUGAAAGUUGCAGUCGUUAUUAUUUUGGAGCCAGCAUGUGCACCAACAUAGUCUACGAGUGGCUGAAGACCCUGCAGCUCCCUCAGUACGCGGAGUCAUUCGUCGAUAAUGGCUACGACGACCUGGAGGUCUGCAAGCAGAUCGGCGACCCGGACCUGGAUGCCAUCGGCGUUGCCGUGCCCCACCACCGGCGCCGAAUCCACGAAGCCGUGAGGCGGCUGAAGGAGGCGGACGAGAGGGCGGCGGGGCUCUAUUUCACCCUGGAGCCGCCGCCGCCGCCCCCCGCCCCCGCCGGGCGCUGUCCCCGCCGGGCGGGGGGGCCGGAGGAGCCCCGGCGGGGGGCGGCCCCCAGGGCCCGGCCCGGCGGGCGGAGGGGGGCGGCCGGGGGCGGGGGGCUGGUCGCGUACCCCAGGCUGAAGCUGAAGAUCAUGAUCCGGGACAAGCUCAUCCGCGACGGCAUCAACCUGAGUAAACCGCCCUACUCCAACAAGGAUGGGUCACUGGGAAAUAUUGAUGAUCUGGCACAGCAGUAUGCAGACUACUAUAACACCUGCUUCACAGAUGUGUGUGAGAGGAUGGAAGAGCUGCGCAAGCGGAGGGUUUCCCAAGACCUUGAUUUGGAGAAACCUGAUGCCAGCCCCACAUCUCUACAGCUGCGAUCCCAGAUUGAGGAGUCACUUGGUCUCAGUAGCACUGCAUCAACACCUGACACUGAAAGAAAGCUCUCCAUUCAUAAAUCAAGUUCAGAAGAAGGCUCUGUAGGGAAAGCAGACUGGAAAAAGAAAAAUAAGUUUUUCUGGCAGAAUUUCCGAAAGAACCAGAAAGGACUGAUGAGGCAGACUUCAAAAGGAGAGGAUGUUGGUUAUGUGGCCAGUGAGAUCACGAUGAGUGAUGAGGAACGGAUCCAGCUGAUGAUGAUGGUGAAAGAGAAGAUGAUCACCAUUGAGGAAGCACUUGCUAGGCUGAAAGAGUAUGAAGCUCAGCACAGGCAGUCGAGCACUGUAGAUGCUGCAGAAUGGCCUGAUGGUUCUUACUCGACACUUGAUGGGUCUUCCAAUUGUAAUUCAAGAGAACAAUCCGAUGAUGAAACAGAGGAGUCGGUGAAGUUUAAGAGGUUGCACAAGCUGGUGAAUUCUACUCGCAGAGUCAGGAAGAAACUCAUAAGAGUUGAAGAAAUGAAAAAACCCAGCACAGAAGGUGUGGAAGAGCAUUCACUUGACAACUCUCCUAUUCUGGAUGACAGAUCAGCACUUUACUCUGGAGUUCACAAGAAGCAAUUCUACUUUGACAGCUCCUGUGAAAAGCAGCCAGAGGAUGACUCGGACUCACUUACUACAUCUCCCUCAUCCAGCAGUCUUGAUACGUGGGGAGCUAACCGGAAGCUGGUGAAGACCUUCAGCAAAACUGAUAACCGUGGCCUUAUCAAGCCUCCCAAGAAACUUGGGACAUUUUUCUCUUACCCAGAAGAGGAGAAGUCCCAGAAAGUUUGCCGCUCCUUGACAGAUGGGGAAAUGAAGAAGAGCCUCGGCUCGCUGAGCCAUGGGAGAACCUGUAGCUUUGGAGGCUUUGAUUUGACAAAUCGUUCCCUUCAUAUUGGAAACAGUUCUGACCAAAUGGGCAAAGAAGGAGACUUUGUUUAUAAAGAAGUGAUCAAAUCACCCUCUGCCUCCCGUAUAUCUCUGGGCAAAAAGGUGAAGUCUGUAAAAGAAACCAUGAAGAAAAGGAUGUCAAAAAAAUACAGCAGCUCUUUGUCUGAGCAGGAGUCCAGCCCUGGGAUCAUGCCUGGUUCCCCGCAGUCACCACCACCAGACACUGACUCCCUGGACAAACCCAAGCUGAAAGCUGGUGGCUCAGUGGAGAGCCUGAGGAGUUCCUUAAGCGGUCAGAGCUCAAUGAGUGGUCAGACAGUGAGUACAACAGAUUCCUCGACCAGCAACAGGGAGAGUGUGAAAUCAGAAGACGGUGACGAUGAAGAGCCUCCUUACAGAGGACCUUUUUGUGGAAGAGCCAGGGUUCACACUGAUUUUACUCCAAGUCCUUAUGAUACAGAUUCUCUGAAGCUCAAGAAAGGUGACAUCAUUGAUAUAAUCAGCAAACCCCCCAUGGGCACUUGGAUGGGUCUGUUGAACAACAAAGUUGGCACCUUCAAAUUUAUCUAUGUGGAUGUGUUAAAUGAAGAGGAAGAGAAGCCGAAGCGGCCCACCAGGAGACGUCGAAAAAGCAGACCACCCCAGCCCAAGUCAGUUGAGGAUCUCUUGGAUCGCAUCAAUUUGAAGGAGCACAUGCCCACUUUUCUGUUUAAUGGUUAUGAAGAUUUGGAUACCUUUAAGCUUUUAGAAGAAGAAGAUUUGGAUGAACUGAACAUCCGAGAUCCUGAGCACAGAGCUGUUCUCCUCACAGCAGUGGAACUUCUUCAGGAAUAUGAUAGUAACAGCGACCAGUCCGGAUCUCAGGAGAAACUUCUCAUUGAAGGCCAAGGCCUAACUGGAUGCUCUCCUCGGGAUUCUGGCUGCUACGAAAGCAGUGAAAACCUGGAGAAUGGUAAAACUCGAAGGACCUGUCUUCCGCCCUCAAAAUCAGCAAGUGAGCAUAGCUUUAGGGAUUUCAGCAGAAACCAGCUAUCAGAUUAUCCCACGCUUCCACUGACCAAGUCAAUAGAAACUCUGCAGCCAGGGGAAAAAGAGAGCCGGUUGGGUCGUGCCCAUCGUGCUCUGAAGAGCUCUGUCAAGCCUCCGGCCAUCACGGGUCUGAAGAAGAACCGCAGAAGUUUACCAGUUGCUGUGUGUCGAAGCUAUGAAACUCUGGAUGGCCCUCAGGGUGUAGAUACAUGGCCAAGAUCUCACUCACUGGAUGAUCUCCAGGGAGAACCCACUACUAACUUACAGGACACUACCAAGAAAGUAGGUUCUUUUCCUCAGGAUUCACUGGAUAUAGCUAAAAAGGCAAGUGGCUCUGCCUUGCCGCCUCAGUCUCAUGGAGGCAGCUGUAAGGUAGAUGAUGUCGUGGCUAAGCAGGGCAAAGGAGCUGCUAAUUCUCAGAAGGGAAGAGCUAAGGAACUGAACUGCUCUGUAGUAGAGACUGCAGGUGGGAAACCUGCUCUGUUCCCCCUGAAAAACUGUGAAGCUCAGCCUGCCUUAGUGAUGCAUCAUGCAACAAGGACACCUCUGGAAAUACAGAGUAAAGGUUUUCAUGACCUUGCACAGGCUGAUUAUGCUCCAGUCCUCAAGGGAGGUCUAGAAGCUGAACAAAAAAGCACAAAUGAGGCAAGAAUGCAACCAAAAAAUCCUUCUCAGCCUCCUCCUGUCCCUGCCAAAAAAUGCCGAGAACGCCUUUCUAAUGGAUUAUAUCAUCCUCCCACGACCACAAGUGGAAACCACUCAAGUUUAGAAGCACCAUGUUUGCCGGUAAAAAAGACCAGCUCAUCCACUCCCAUUGAUUGUCAUGGAGUACCUGUCCAUAGGACAUCUUCUGAACAGGAGCCCAGUAGCCCUCCUAGCCCACUGCCACCCUGGCUGUCGGAGCUCCCAGAGACUGCUAGUGUUCAGCAGCAUGUGGUAAAGCUUGGCCCUGCAUCAGCAAGGAAAGUCUCUUGCAGCAGAGGAAUGGAUCUGGAAAUGGUGAUAGAAAACAAGCUGCAGUCUGAAGACAUUGAUCUUACUGAAGAACCGUACUCAGACAAGCAUGGUCGCUGUGGCAUUCCUGAGGCUUUGGUACAGAGGUACUCUGAAGACUUGGAGCAGCCUGAAAAGGAUGUGGCUACAAACAUGGACCAAAUCAGGGUAAAGCAGCUGAGGAAGCAGCAUCGCAUGGCGAUUCCAAGUGGAGGACUCACAGAAAUUUGCCGUAAACCUGUAUCCCCAGGACUCAUCACCUCUGUAUCUGACUGGCUGAUUUCCAUUGGUCUGCCUAUGUAUUCCAGCCUGCUCACGGAAGCAGGAUUCAACACACUGAGCAAAGUGCCUUCUCUGUCACAAACUUGCCUUCAAAAAGCUGGCAUCACAGAGGAAAGGCACAUAAGCAAGCUCCUGGCAGCAGCAAGACUCUUCAAACCUCUUGAUCCAGAGGCAAUUUAACAUGCUCCAUACUGUGACAUUGCCUGGUUGAGAAUCCACUGCUUCUUCCUGCACCAGUAUCACUCUAAUUACUUCAUGUAGCUAAAGGGAUCAAGGAAGUGGCUCCCCAGGACAGGCAGAUAUCUUCUUCAAAGGAUAUGAAAGUCUUUGGCAAUUGAAGGAGAAGAGAGGCAGCCACCAGGUAACAUAGAUGUGGUACUUCCCUCCCCGCUCACUCCCAUCUGAAGUAUUCCUAUUUCAUAAACUGCACAGGGUUGGCCUGAGAAUCAGACAGCUUCACAGAAUUAAGGGACCCUUGCACAUUUUCCUCGAGUUUCUGAUAGUGAUGCUAGUAACAGGUCUUCUGUGCACCUAGGUUCUAGGUACCUGAAAUCCUAGAGACCAGGUACAAAUCAAGGUGCAAAUUCCAGUAGAACCUGUUUGGCAAAUGCCUUUUGUUUAUUUUAGCAGUCUAGAGCAAACACAAAACCCUCAGUCAUCUUUACUGUUGCUUGGUGUAGGUCCCAGUUGCCACGAAGCCUUUAGCUAGGCUGAAGUUGAUGGACUGAAAUUAGUUUUCAGUAUGGUCCAUCUCUGUCACUUCAAUGCAACUAAACCAUGAAGAGUCAGAAAGCUUCUUUUUAUUUGUACAGAGCUGAGGUAAUUUUUAUAACUGCUUUCUAGCAAUCAGCUUUUUUAUUUGCCUUAAAAUAAGCUUUUAAGCAGUUACCUAGUGUUCACUUUACCUGUAUUCACAUUUCCCAAGCCUCGUUUCAACUUAAGUUGCAUUUAUGGUGAUUUCCAGCUGAAGUUAGCUUCUAUAAAAUGCCUCAUCAUAACAUCUCCUGUGUUAUAGAGGUCCUUUUACAAAUGCAGGGUUAUGCUAGGUUUUGGUUGUCAGGUUAACUCCUUGUUCACUACAGUCUGCAUUUACUGUUGUUACUAAACUAUUCCAAGAUAUACUGCCUUGUAUAUAUGUAACUGCUUUUCAUUUUAAUCAUAUUCUGUGUACUGUGUUAUAUUGUCAAUCAUUAUGCUGCAGCUUUGACUUGGUAUCCUGACCAUAUUGAUUCCAAACAGUGGGUUUCUGCAAAUGAAAAUUCACUUGCAUUGAAAAAGCAAAUUGUGUCCCAUAGAAAUCAUUAGACCCAGUAAUUCCAUUGCAUGGACAAGAAAAUUCCCAGAUAGUCUUAUGAAUAACACUGUGAUUUUUAAAACAGUUGAUACCCCUCACCACUGCAUUAUUAUUACCUCUCACUGGAAAAGAGUAUUGUUCUGGCAAAUGUGAUGAACAAUUUUUCAUGAUGCAUUGAUAUUUUUCUGCCUAACUCCAUGUGAAACGUUCCAGUCGCAUAUGUGACUAAUGACAGAUUUUAUUUUUCUAUAUUGGGUACACCUUUUAUAUACCAAAUACAAAUGAUCAUGAAUAGCACAUAACCAGCUUUUUCUUUGGGGUCUAUAUAUGGUGUGUCCUUCAGCUUCUUGUAGUGCAAAUGCCCUGUGGAAGACAAAGCCAGCUUAGUCUGCCAGGUAAAGGGAGAUAAAAUAGAAACCUGGGCACAGGCUGGGAUGUGUGACUGUUUCCAAUAUCAGUUCUGACAACAAUUUACUGUAUAAAACCAGACAAGACAUUUCACUGUUUGGUGCCCCAAUUAUCCCAAUCUCAUACUGAGCUGAUGACUUCUGAUCAAAUGCUGUCAGAUUGAUGAAUGAAAGAUUGUGCUUAUUCCAUGAUUCCUUACUAUAUCUGGCCCUUUCAUGGUCAUGUUCUAAGUGUAUGAAUAUGCAUUUUAUUACAGAUGAUAACUGUUUUGCCUCCUGGUAGAAUCGACAGCUGUUAGGUUUACUUCCCACAUUUCAUAUUACACCAGUGUCUACUGCGCACCAUCAUAUGAAGGCAACUAAGUCACUGAUGCAACUUGAAAUUGUUCUCAAGCAAAGCUCUGUAAUACUCUCCUUGGCGUCUGAUAAGCAGCAUGUUCUGAUAUGACAGUAUCAGGAGACAUACAGCAGCCAUGUUUUGUACAGCUGGUGAAAAUCUGUGCAGCCUCACCUCGAGUCCUGUGCGCAGUUUUGGGCACCAGAAGUGACAUUAAGCUAUUGGGGAGCAUCCAAAGGAGGGCCACGAAGAUGGUGAAGGGUCUGGAAGGGAAGCUUUGUGAGGGACAGCUGAGUCUGUUCAGUCUGGAGGAGACUGAGGGGAGACCUCAUUGCAGUCUCAACAUCCUCAUGAGAGGAAGCUGAGGGGCAGGUACUGAUCUCUUCACUCUGGUGACCAGAGACAGGACCCAAAGGAAUGGCCUGAAGCUGAGUCAGGGGAGGUUUAGGUUAAUCAGGAAAAGGUUUUUCACCCAGAGGGUGGUUGGGCACUGGAACAGGCUCCCCAGGGAAGUGGUCACAGCACUGACAGAGUUCAAGAGACGUUUGGACAACGCUCUCAGGUAGAUGGUGUGACUCUUGGGGAUGGUGCUGUGUGGAGCCAGGAGCUGGACUCAAUGGGUCCCCUUUUGUAGCUCAGUAUGUUCUAUUAUUCUAAAAGAAACAAAAAAAAAAAGAAAAAAAUUGUGGUUUUUCAAUAAUUGUUAUUUUUCUCUUGUUCCUCUCUGAGGCUUACAUGGUGACUAUCAGUAAGCAGGAGAUAGAGUAUCGAGACUUCCUGGGAUUGUUGCAGGGACCAGAACAGAGUAGAAGUGGACAGCACUUAUAUUGGAGCAAGGGAAAAGUCCAAGCUGACUAUAGCAAUAAAAAAAGAAACAAAUUCCCUUGUGUUGCAGGGAAGACAAGUCAUAUAAUAAAGCUCUCCCAUAUUAAUCACUUUCCCCUCUCUUAAUAACACAAGGAGAGUUUAGGGAAUAAGCUGGACCUGUUUGCCAAACUCUCUUUGUAAAUCCAUUAUUUUAAAAUGAUUAUGUGACCCAGGGAAACCAAAUCACACCCAUCAGGACUGGAGUGAGCAGUUUGAGAUUUAUGAGUUUUAAUAUUUGUUUUGUUUUCUUUUAAAGAAUGUGCUUUGUGGUCUUACUUGAAUUACGAUUUUAGUUUAUAAUCUAAUCUAAAAAAAGCCUUAAGCUUCUCAGUGUUUGAGCUUCCCUGCUGUGGUUUCAGUGACCUGUGGCAUUCCCCAAGCAGGUGAGGUGGUGCAUUACGAGAGCCAUAACCUCUUGCAUCUUCUUGCAACCUUCAGUGCUCUGAGCAAAAGUUCACUCAUUAACUCUUGGAAAGCACAGAAGAAACCUGCUGCUGGAAUCCUCAUCUGCUCUGCUCAGGCUCACCAUGUUAAGUAUCUAUCCAUAGUAUCUUAGUAACUCAAACAGCUAUUUAACAAUAGAAGCAGCAAGCCCAAAAUAUUACCAAAUGCCAUCAUAAUCAGAUGCUUUGAUCAAUAACCCGCUGUUGCUACCCAGGUGGCAAUUCCCCGUGCUCUUGUAUGAGCCUGGCUGUGGAUGCAGACUGGGAGCAUGAUCAGAAGCAUUAAACAUUGCAUUAUCCGAACAGGCCAUCAUGUCUAAGAGCAGCAAUAGUGGUCGAUUCACUAAGUCACAGCUGUGCAGUUGUACUGUAUUAUUUUUAGAAUAAAUAAUACUUUCAGUCCAAGAUACUUUUAGCAUUAAUUGACACCCUUUGGGGAAUCAAAAGUGUCAAGCAAGUUAUGUAACAACUAACAAAGUUGCACUUUCUGUAUAUGAAAUCAAUAUUUAAAUAACUUAUUUUUCUCCAUUUGCUGUUCUUAAAUGAUGUAAGUAGCUGUAAUAUACCAGUACUCAAUAUGUCCUGCAGUUUGCUUCAACCCAAGAAAGCUGUGUAUUGUAAAGAAAAAAAAAAACAAAAACAAAAUAUGAAUGUGUAAAGAUUAUUGUGCUGUUUCAUUUAGCAAAAAAAAUGGUUGACAAAAGGGUUUUCCUGUGUAUCAAAACUUGUCUAUAAUUAUAUGUCAUACUGUUCAUAGAUAAAAAGUAAAUAAAUUUCCAUGAUCUCUC